GAAAACUUUUCUUAGUUUUGUUUUUCACAAUGGAAGAAUUUAUUUUGGAUUUAGGAAAUUGAACACGAUCACAUGUUUUUGUUUUUAAAUGAUGAAAAUGGAGGAUGUUUUGAAAUGUGAGGAGUACUUUAGGAAAGGGAUGUACGACAAAUGCGAGAGUUUACUCAAAAACAUCACGCAACAAAACAUUCAUUACUCGAAUGAUGUUCAAGUUAUUCUAGAAAACAACAUGACAGUUGUUCAAGCACUUAAAACACUCACGAGUAUAACGACAAGUGUGGAGUCUUUGAUGGAAGAUUUCUCGAACCAGCUGUUCACGGCAUCUCUUGUCCGAAGUCGUGCACCUAUAUCCUUAGACACAGAGCUCAUCUUGGCCUGCAACGCCUUGUGGCUUGGCUGGCACAGAGCUGACCCCUUGCGUCAUGAUGCUGAGGCAGUUCACUUGUGUAGGAGUGUUGCCAUGCAGGCAAUGAAACAAGUGCUGGCGGCGUGCCGGGAGGGCGUCGCGGACGGGCGGGCGGAGGACGACGGGGCGCUGCUGGGGGCCGUGCAGGCCUCCCGAGCCCUGCUCCCCGGGCUCGGCCCCCGGGCGGCCCUGCUGCUGGCCCAGCUGCACGCCCUGCUGGCCCUGGUGCUCUCGGAGCACCGCCCCUCCGGUCCCGCCCUCCUGGGGGCGCUGGCGGACCUCACCCGCGAUCCCCCGCCCGGGGACCCUGCCCUUGCCCAGCGCCCCCCGGUGGUCCCCUUCAGGCUGGGCUGGGGGCCAGUGAACGCCACCGGCGAGGAGCCGGGGCCCGACCUGGGGCCCCUGGCCGGCGCGCUGUGCCUCGCCCGGCUGGGGGACUGGGGCCGGGCGUCCCGCCUCCUGGCCGCCGCCCCUCUCGACCUCCUCCGGCCCGUGAACAACUACAUCCAGGCACUUUGCCAGUUCAACGCCGGGGACUUGCCGAGCUGCCAGUGCACUCUGAAACGAAUACUCUGCCGCCCCGCGGGGACGGUUGUUGAAUUCAGAGCACGCAUCCUGCAAGGACGCCUUCUUCUGAAGGAAGGCAGUGCCGAGGCAGCCAUCCAGGAAUUCUCGAAAGCCUUGUCCCUGGUGGAAGACUCAGAGGUGGCACGGUAUUACAUGGCACAGUGCCACCGGGCGUUGCUGGAGUCCAGCCGUGGCUGUGAUAGCAACAGGCACCGCGCCAGCUACGUGAGAACCCUGCGCAGAGUACUCCAGGUGUUGCAGCAGGCAGAAGAUGCACCGGGUAAUAAUCCAGCCUUGCUGAGCUGGGAGCAGAAGUUGGAGCGGAUCUUCCACCCACGGCCGGAAGUCACAGCUGCCGGUGUUCUGUACGAGCUGGGCAACUGCAUGGCAAGAGACCAGUGGUUGCAGGAGAUGCGGGAGGCCAGCAGGCUGCUCCAGGGCGCGGCGGAGCGGCUGGAGGCGGGACAGCCCCUGCAGGGCAGCGCGUGUGACCCCGGGGCGACGCGGAGGGGGGCAGUGCGGGACGCGGCGGCGGCCGCGCUGUGGGCCGGCGACACAGAGGCCGGCCGGCGCCUGCUGGCCUCGCCCCCCGAGGAGGCCCUGGGUCUCGCCCUGCUGGCAGACGCCCUCGAGGCCAUGGGCAGCCCCGAGCCGCACCUGGCUGCGCUCGACAGGUCCCUGAAGUGUUUGGGUCGAAACAAUUUUGGAGAAAGUUCUGACGAAGGAAACGAGACAACUGCAAACGCUCUGGCAGCCAAACUGUGGCUUGCCAAGGCCAGGAACUGCCUGCGAAGGAAGCACUUGAAGGACAUGGAACAUGCUGUUAACAUGGCACAAAUUUCAAAUCCAGACGACCAGGAUGUGCUGUUCUAUCGUUGCGUGCUGCUCCUGUCUCGCGGAGAGAGCUCCUGCAGUGACCUGUGGCUGCAGCAGUCUCGACGCCUCUCCUCUGCCGGGACAGAUCUCAGUCUGUCGCUGCGAUACCUACUGAGAGACAGAGUGUCUGAGCAGCAGAAGGAUUGGUUGAGCUCGACAGCUGAAACUGGCCAUUUGGACUGCGACCGAAGCCAGUGUCUCAACAAACUGUUGGAGUGAACAUAAUGUACUGUAUUGUGUAGAUUUGGAGAAAAAUGCACUUUCGAGAUAAAGUGUUCUGUUUCAUUUGGCUUUACGUAUGAGAAAUCAAACACUUUGAUCAACUUAUUGAUACAUGUGUACAUACUAAUGCAUUUAGGCAUUUUGUUAUAGUCAAUAAAUUCUAAAUAAUGUUUUA